AUGCCGGGCGCUCUCGCAUACGCCUCGGUGGAGCCGCAGAAACCACCCGGCCAUAUCUACCAAGCCAUCACAGUUUCUCUGGCAAGUAGUUUACGAGGUAGUCGACAUCAUAGCCGUGCCGGAUCUUGGGGCCAGCGUUUAGUCACGGCCUUGACCUCGGAAAGACAUGGACCCAAGGACCAGAUGCGAGAAUCUAAAAGCAUAUCGACUUCGGACGACAGAGUUUGGUAUGAUCAGUUUACAUCAACAGAUUGGGUUCACGACAGUAUUGCGGAUGCAUAUCGAGUGAAGGGUCUUCGAAGUAGAAAAGAUAUUCGGGGUCGGGUCAAGGCAUUCUUCGAUGGCACACAAGGUUGGAUACUCAGUGCCCUAGUUGGAUUCGUCACAGCCACGAUAGCAUAUGUCGUUGAUGUUUCGGAGACUCCUAUUUUUGAUUGGAAAGAUGGCUAUUGCCAUAAUGGGUUCUUUAUAAGUGAGAAGAGAUGCUGCCCUGAUGGAAAUCAUUGCGAUGCUUGGAAAUCUUGGUCCAAUUAUGUCGAAAUCCCAUUUCUUAGUGAGGAGGUAACCGAAUUCUUUAUUUACGUUGUACUUGUGGUCGCUUUCGCAACAGCGGCAUGCCUUUUGACCCUAACUACUAAAACGGUUGUACCAUCGACAUAUCAACUAUCUACACUCGAUGAGAAUCUCGGUGCUCUUAGUCGACAUGAUUCUCAGGCGCCAGUCGAUGGUAAUGCAAGUCCGAAGAAUACAGUAGAGUCUGAGGCGAACGCUCCCAUGAUUUAUUACUCUGCUGCCGGCAGUGGAGUAGCCGAAGUUCGCGUAAUACUUAGCGGGUUUGUUUUGCAUGGGUUUCUUGGCUUCAAGACCCUUCUCAUCAAAACCCUGGCCCUGAUAUUGAGUGUAGCAUCCGGACUGAGUUUGGGAAAGGAGGGUCCUUUUGUACACAUUGCCACUUGUGUUGGUAAUAUUGCAUGCCGCCUAUUCUCCAAAUACGAUGAUAAUGACGGAAAACGCAGAGAGGUAUUGUCUGCAGCCGCAGCUGCGGGUGUAGCGGUAGCUUUCGGUGCUCCUAUAGGCGGUGUUCUCUUCUCUUUGGAAGAAGUGGCGUACUUCUUCCCAGCUAAAACACUAUUUCGAACUUUCUUCUGCUGCAUCACUGCUGCGCUGACGUUGAAAUUUCUCAAUCCUUAUGGCACCAGCAAGGUGGUCAUGUUCGAAGUUCGCUACUUAACGGACUGGGAAUUCUUCGAGCUUGCCGCUUUCAUCAUGGUUGGUGUACUCGGUGGCAUAACCGGUGCAACAUUCAUUAAGGCGUCUAGGUCCUGGGCCCAGUCUUUUCGGAAGAUUGAGAUUGUAAAAAAGUGGCCGCUGUUUGAGGUCAUGCUGGUUGCUCUGCUUACAGGUCUCGUUGGUUAUUGGAACCCAUAUACCAAGAUUCCAGUUGCCAAAUUGUUAUUUAAUCUAGCUAGUCCUUGCGAUCCUGAUAAGUCGGACAACAUGGGUCUCUGCCCCAACAACAUGGAUGAGAUUUUCCCAAUCAUUGGACAAUUAGCUGUUGCAUUUUGCAUCAAGGGGCUUCUGACUAUUAUUACAUUUGGCAUUAAAGUUCCCGCAGGUAUAUACGUCCCGUCAAUGGUUGUAGGCGGCCUACUUGGCCGGAUUAUCGGUCAUCUGGUACAGUGGCUUGUGUUAAGAUUUCCAGACGCUUCCAUCUUUGGGAGUUGCGCCGCUCACGAGAGCGGAACGUCAUGUAUUACUCCAGGAGUUUAUGCUCUCAUCGCUGCUGGUUCUACAAUGUGUGGUGUAACGAGAUUGUCUGUGACUUUAGCAGUCAUUCUCUUUGAACUAACGGGCAGUCUUGACUAUGUUUUGCCCUUUUCACUAGCGGUUUUGGUCUCGAAAUGGACUGCAGAUUUCAUGGAACCUCUCAGCAUAUAUGAUUUGUUGACUAAUCUUAAUGCCUACCCUUUCCUUAACAACAAGCACAAACCAGUCUUUACCUCUGAUCUUGGAGAUAUUGUCCCCCGAGUCCGGAGAGAAAGAGUUAUUGACAUCUCCGUCUCUCCCAUGAUUCCUGCUAGCAGUUUACGCCAGAAGUUGGAAAUCUUGCAUCAGGCCGGUGAGGUUGAUGGUGGAUUACCCAUCAUCAGGGACGAUGUUCUUGUUGGUCUGAUACCAGCGCCUGAUUUAGAAUUUGCUCUCGACAAUCUUGAUAAUGAGCCAGGUACUUUGUGCCUCAUGGCGACCAUCAGCAACUAUGAUGAAUCUGAUGAAGAAGAGCAUAUUGAUCCUACCGACUUUACACCUUACAUUGACCCUGCACCAGUGGCCUUAGAUAUCCGUUCCCCAAUGGAUUUGGUGUACGAAUGUUUUGUGAAACUUGGCUUGAGAUAUGUUUGUGUGUUGAAAGACGGCCGCUAUGCCGGCUUGACUCACAAGAAAACCUUUGUAAAGUACAUACGAGAGUUGGAAGAAAGGGAUGAACAUAUUUGA